AUGAAUUCUGCAUCAACUAACUUCCAGUGCACAACUCUACUACCGGAUUGUCUAAAUUCUAAUGCCUUAAAAACAUCAUCAUUAUAUAUGAGACGAUGGAGAAGGCGUCAAUGUAUGAAGUUGGAGACUGAUCGACUUGAAGGACAACAGUGUCAACAACAACAACAACAACGACAAAAACCAUUAUAUGACGAUUUCGUUUCAAAUACGAAUUAUUUCCAAAAUGCAAUUAUGAACCUUAAUCAAACUGUGGACAGUAUUCCGAAGACAAAUUCCAUGUUAGCAAUUAGUGAACUUACAAAUUACAGUGGUGAUACUUCGAUUACUACUACUUCUACCAUUGACGUUACUUAUACUAAUAGUGAUAAUAAUAACAAUCGAAGCUAUCAGUCACUGUCUACAAACAUUUCAGUUACUAGUCGAUCGAAUGCAGAUGCUGAGUUUUGUAAGAUGUCUAAUUCGACGCCGGCGAUGUUUAAUGGUGGUGUAACAUCUCCUGGAAAUUAUAAAAAAAUAUUAAUUGAUCGAUACUUGUUGAGUCAAUCAAUGUCACACUGUGGUACAAUCUAUGAAUCAAUCAGUCCAUUUACUAAGAUGGUACAUGUCCCAUUAUUGAAAGAAACACAAACAGAUUACAGCAGUGAAAAAACUAUGAAGGUGCCAGUACAUCAAAGAAAAGGUCAACUAGUUUCAACCAAUGAAAGUGGUGGACCUUUGAAAUUAAAUUUCACUAUAAACUUUUCACAGCCUUCUAAGUAUUCUAUCAAACAGAAAGAAGACAGGAAUACUUCUCUAGUGAGUGUAACAGAUAAUCGUUUCUCAGUCAUAUCAUCACAGUCUUCUCAUCUCAAUAGUAUUCAUUAG